AUGUCUAACAAUAUGGAAUAUCAAUUAGCGCAAUUACCAAAACCAUUCACCACAUUAGAAAAUGUUAAAAAACAAUUAAUUCAAGGAUCAGUUCAAGCAACAUUAGCUCAACAAAAACCAUUAUUUACAAACCCAAUUCAUCAAAAUUUAACUUCAAGUUUUGAUUCUGUAGAAACAUUAAAAAGCUUUUGUACUUUUAAUUACCCAUCACCAGAACUUCCAUCAGUUAAAUUCCCAUAUAAUAUACCAUCAUCAGAAACUUUAACUGAAUCAAAAGAUCCUCAACAUAAAUUUAUCAAAGUCGGAGAAUAUAAUGAUAUUUUUGAUCAAGAUUUAUAUCAUAAAUUAGAAGAUAUUGAAGUUAGUUCUACUCAAGUUUUAGCAAAAGUAGAAACACAAGAAGAUUAUAACAAUGAAGAAAUUGUUUUACCUACCACUAAUUUAGUUAACGAAGAAUUAGUAUCAACUGAUGACAAAAUUAAUGCUGGUUGUGGUAAAGAAAUUGUAAACUCAGACAAUGCAGUUAUUAAAUCAGAAAAGGAUCAACAAAAUAAAGAAAUUUCCAAAAAAGUCAAAUUUUCAAAAUUAAAGAAGCUUUUCAAAAAAUGUCAUAGGGAUCAUAGAACAUCUACUUCAAAAAACAACAAUGUUUCUGCUGAUGCUAAAAGUAAAAAAUCCGACCAAGUCAAAAAACCUAGAAGAUUUUUUGGUAUUUUAUUUAAAAAGAACAAUUCAAAAGUUGUUCAAGAUCAUUCAGAACUUGCAGGUCUUAAAAGUAUGAAAUUAGUUGAAAAGAAAACUAAUGCAACUAAAGGCUUUACAGGUAAAAGAUUCAAAUUUGGUGUUGCUAAACAUGCAUCAAAAUAUAAAUAUGGAUUAAGAAAGCUGAACUUAGUUGAUAAAAAUACUAAAACAAAUAAAGGAUUUAUUCAUAAAAAAUUCAAAUUUCAUGCUCGUAAAGGUAAACCAGAAUUUCAAGAAGGAUUAAAAAAGUUGAACCUUGUGGAAAAGAAAUUAAACAAAGACUUACAAGACAAGAAAGCUUUUGAGUCAUUUAAGUUAUUUAAGAGAUUUUUCAAAUCCAAUAAAACCAAGUCCAAAAUUUCAAGUUCAUUAAAAGAAAAUAAUAAUGGACCUAAUAAAGAUGAAUUAAAGGAUUAUUCUUUACCACCUCCAUCUUCAACUAUAGGAAAUAUAUUUACAACAUCAGAUUACAAUUCUUCAUCCUUACAACCUCAUCUUGAAAAAACCACCAGUAUAAUUGCAGAUGAUGAAUAUUUAUACUCAUGUCCUCGUCGUUAUACAACCGAAAGUACAACAGCAGAUAACAAUAAAUUACCCUCACAUUCUGGAAUUGAAAAGACCAAAAUUAUAAAUGCAGAUAGUAAAGAUUUUUCCUCAUAUCCUCGUAUCUACAAAACUAGGAGUUCAACAGCAGAUAUGAAUAAAUCAUCUUCAUAUUCUGGUAUUGAAAAAACCAAAACUACAACAACUGAUAAUAAAAAAAUAGUUUCUGAAGAUGAAUCAGAAUUCAAGGGUCUUAGAAAAUUGAAAUUAGUCGAAAAAAAAUUAAAUGCAAGCGGAGGUUUAAUUAGUGAAAAUACUGGUGAAAAUGUAGGUUUAAAAAUCAAAUCUGAUAUUUCAAAAGAUGAUUUAGAAUUUCAAAAAGGAUUAAGACCAUUAAAACUUUGUAAAAAACGAUUGCAUAAUGAUUCACAAACUGCAGAAGAUGUUAACCAUAACAAGUCCAUAAGUUCAGCAAUAGAAGGAAAUACUAGUGAACUUAAAAAAGAUGAAGCAAAAAGUAAUGAAAUACCACCAACACCAUCAUCUACUAAACAAAAUGAAAAUGUAAUUACAGAUAUCAAAAAUUCAUUCAAUCAUUCUGAUAUUGAAGAAACUAAAAAUAUAACUGCAGAAGUCAAUGAAUUAUCAUCUUAUUCUGGUAUUGCAAAAAACAAAAGUACAAUAGUUGACAAAAAUUCAUCAUCAUCUUGCACUAAUGAAAAAUUGCAAAAUUGUAUAAGAGGGACUCAAUCUUUUUUUGAACCUGAACGUCCGCACCGCAUAAAUACAAUAAUUUACAAAAGAGCAUCAUCAACUGAAAAAUUACAUCAUUGUACAAAAAGGACUCAUUAUUAUUUCAAACCUGAAUAUGUGUUAUAUUGGAUGAGUGAUGGAGGAGUUUACUAUUACAAAAAACCACGUUAUGGCAGUGACAGGAAUUAUGAACGUAUACUUUACAAGAGAGAUGAAAUCCCAGAGGGAUAUACAAAUUGCAAAAUAACUAUAAAUAAUUAUCAAUAG